UUUGGAUAUUAUCGAUAUAGUAUUUUUCUAAAAAAAAGGCAAUGUCUGCCGCUACUGAUGCCAAUAACAGGCAGGAUGCUUGGGACAAUGAACAGAAUAAAGAAUAUCAAAAACAAAUUGAAACUUACAUUGCUUGGGUUAACAGCCAGCUUAAAAAGAGAGCAGGGAAUAAGCCUGUAACGAAUUUAAAAACUGAUUUCCGUGAUGGAGUCGUUUUAGUUACACUAGUUGAAAUUAUUUCCGGAGAAAAAUUGGAUGGAGUUUAUAUUCCUGCGAAAAAUCUUGAAGAAAAAAGACGAAAUAUUAAUUCAGUAUUAAAGUUUUUGACGAAGAAAAGUAUCCGAAUGCAUCACAUUACUGAGAAAGAUGUAAUUGAUGGUAAUGUCAAAAGUCUGAUGAAAUUAAUUCUGACCUUGGCCGCACACUUUAAACCUGCUAGUGUCGGAAAAAAGAAAACGGUUAAUGCAGCUGCAGCAGCAAAUGCCAAAGUUGCACUGAGUGAUAUUCACAAAAAUGUAAGCUCAUCUGGAGGUUUCCGCCCUCGUUGGAAGAGCAGCACUCCUACCUCAGACUAUAGAAGGAACAAUAAUAGCAGUUCCAGUUCAUCCAGAACCGCAUCAAACCGGUCAGAUCUGCCAAAAACUGGUUCAGACGAGACAGAUUCAUUUUCAUUGAAUAAAUUAUCUUCUUCUGAUGACGUUUGGGCAUCGCCAAGUUUACCUCAGCGGUCCAGAAGUAGAGUUGGCAAUGAUUGCUUUGCGACAACAACGGUGCAGAAUCUCUCUUCUAUAAAUAGUGAAGUUAUACUGACAUCUGGUGGAAGCAGGGAUGCAUCGAAUGUUUCUGAGCAAUUGACGGAACAUUAUAAUGAUUUAGAAAGUGAUUUAUCGAGCACUCGUGAUUUAAUAUCAGUGUUACAAAAUUUACUUUUAAAUGGAGAGGAACCAGGCGAUGGCGAUAAUGAGCAGAGUCUUCCUUUAGAAGCUUCUUCCCAAGACGAAGAAAACGUAAUUCUAAGAAGUCGACUUGAUUUGAGUCAACACGAAAAUAAUCGAUUGAAAACCGAACUUACCGAUGUACGACAAGAAUGCAGGAGUACAUCAGCAAACAUAUCAGCGCUGCGUAGUCGUACGCAACAACAAGAAAAAGAGCUCUUGUCAAUGAAACAACAAAUUUUGAAAUUAAAUUUGGCGAGUGAUAAUUUGAAACAAGAAAAAGAUUAUUUAGCAGCUCAAAUAGAGGAAAAUAAACGGGCAAAACAAUCUCUAUCAGAUGAAGUGUCGGAAAAAAAUAUUACCAUUAAGCAUUUAAAAGAUGAACUAACUUCAAUGUCUACACAACUCAAAAAAAUUGGAGACGAAAGUAAGAGUAAAUUAACCUCUAUGCAAAGGUUGGAAUCACAAGUACAAGAGUUAAGUCAACAAUUACGGGUUUUACAGCGUUAUAAACAAUCAAGUAAACCAGAACGAAAUGGUAAUGAAACGACUGUCAUUUCAGAGUCUCUAAACAGCCUUCGUUCGAAUUUAGCACCUCAUGAUUCACGACAACACAUUAUUGACACGCUUGAACAAGCAGUGAUGUCAUUAACGGAACGAGACCAGCGUAACAACAACCAGAAUUAUGGUCGUAAAAGUGAACUAUCAGUGCCACGUUUAUCUGCGAGUCAUUCACCUAGAAAUCGUAAAAAAGACAUGGCGCAAAAAACUGCGUCAACGACGGUUAUUUACUUCACAGAGAGAAACAUGACGCCAGCCAGAGCUUCAAUUUUUAAAAAAAUUGGCGAAAUAACUUUGCGAGAUUUUAAAAGUGUAAUUCAAGUACCUGCCGAUAAUUAUAAAUUCAAUUUUAAAGCACUUGACCCAGAAUUUGGGACAGUAAAAAAGGAAAUUUUCAAUGACAAUGACAUUGUCCCUGGUUGGGAGGGUAAAAUUGUAGCAUGGUUAGAAAGAGAAUAGACGCUAGAACUCAGAUUCACACAAUUUUUAUUCUUUCUGACCUUAGCCCAGUGUCUAUUAAAGUAUCCCAAUUCAAAAACUGUAUUUUAAAGUUACAUUUUCCCAAAUUAAAUUUUUGUUGUAUUAUUUAGAGCCUAUAAUUCCGUUAUUUAUAGAAAAGCUAUUUUCUGCAAUAGUAGUCUCAUUUGCUAGGUUAAUGUAUUAAUUAGUCUUUAUAUAAAUAUCAUUAUACUGUAGGAGUCAUUUGCUAGUCUUCAUUAAACUGAUCGUAUAUAUAUAUGUAUUCAUAUGAUAAAACCAAAAAUUGCUCAAUAUUGUUAUGAAAUAAGUACUAAAUAACAUAUUGUUUAAUAAGUGGAAAAUGACAAUAAAUGCAUUCAAAUUAGAUCAUUUGAAAAUACCGUUUUGUGAAAUUAACUCAUCAUGUAGUGGAAUCUUUAAUUCAAUUCAUAUAAUUUGGGUUAUAUCAUGACUUCAAUGAAAAAAAUGGCUUAUUAGGAAUAACCAUUCUGUUAUAGACAUUCAUAUAUUACUGGUUACUGUUAUGACAAUUUAUAUCAUUCUUUAUUGGUGCUGAUGACAAAGUAUUUUAUUUUAAGUGUUUAAGUGUAAUUUCAUAGUUCCAAAGACAUCGCCUACCUACAAUAUAUACGGUAUUUCAAUGCAUUGCCGCAGUAUUAUUAAAUAAGCUUCUGUCACAUUUUAAGGUUUUGUGAAAAUCACACUUUUCUAAUUUUCAUAUCUUUAUAGCAGGGGUUCUUAACUAGGGGCCGCAGAGCAGUUGGAGGGGGGCCACAAUGCUAGGGUCUUGAGGGCUAAGGGGCCACGAGCCAUAAGCGGUUGGGAACCACUGCGUUCAUAGCAAAAUCUAAAAUUGACAUAAGGCACUAGAAUGAAUACAGCUUUGAAACUUAUGCCGAAGGGGAGACCCUGGUCCAUACUAACAGAAGAUUAAAAAAGUCUGUUUCUGAAAUGUGACAUGAGCUACUAUAAUUUUACUGUGGUUACACAAUAUCAAUUUUGUCUACACAUUUUUACUUCGAGGGUAUAAUUAUCUGCAUACCUCUUUUGUAUGAGCUCCAAUUUCUGUUCUUACAGCAUUUCCGUAUGAUGUAGUAUAAGUAAAUAGUUCCAUUUAGGUACUGUAGUUCGUUUAUCUUAAAAAAUUUCUUCAGUAUUUUGAAAAUUUUAGCAUAGUUGCCUUUUUGUAUAAACUUUUUGCGAAGGUGUUAUAGUUACCUAAAUAAUUGGUGUUGUGUAAUUAGUAUUGUGUACCUAAGUUGUUAAAAUGACUUCAUAAACUGUUUCAUAUAUGCUGUUUAAAAUGAGUCUCAGUAAGCAUUUGAAAGGACCAGAAUCAUCUAGUUUUUUAUAUAAGGGGUUGGGCUUGGGGGUUCAUGUUUUCCUACUUUCAUAGUUGCCGGUAUUGCAAAAUAUUCUGGAAUCAGAAUGAAAAGUAACUUUCGUACCAAAAUAUUAUUUUUUGUAUGUACAUUUGGUUUAUGUAAUCCAUGGCAUUUCAUGAAUACAUGACAUUACUGUGUUUAAAAAAUGAACCUAUGACAGCUAGGUUUUUUGAUUAACUUUUUAUAGUGUUUGCAACUUCAUUCAUAAUAAAGUUAAUAAGGUUACUUAAAAUACAGGGGUACUCAUGCGGGAGUAAAUUUAACUGCUUUGGGGGUUAUUUUCAUCAAGGGUAAUUACUCAUCCUAUUGCAUAGUGUUAAUUUUAUCCAUAUACUACAAGUUGUGGAAGUACAUAACACCUAAAUAUUUCAGAGCAUAAUUGACCUAAUUGAAAUGUAUACAAUAUUAUCAGAUUUGAAUUGUAUUGUUAUAUUGUAAUGGUUAUUCAUAUAAGUUUAUUUAAUAAACCACGCACUGUCCGUUCUAUUAAAUAUUUAAUGCAUGAUUUAAUAUUUAUUAAAUCCAUUAUUUAAUUAACUCCUGUGUGAGAUUUCAAUUAUGAAAUCAAGAAAUUGAGCUUUCCUUACUUUUCAUCCCAAGAGAGAGAAAAUUUGAUUUUAGGAAACUUGAGCAUAUGGCAGGCAAUAUCUCUGAUGUCUUUUACCAAAUAGUGGAUUUUAUAAACUUAUUUUUUAAGCUACGACUCCAUUUAGAAUACUAAAAUUCAUUCAAAAUCAUAAUAAUAUACCAAACUUUUCAUUUGAUUGUUAUGUAUUAAAUAUGAUUUAUCCUCAAGAAUUGGCGAUUCCUAAUUUUGGAAUUUGGAACAAAAGUAAAUUUGAGGUAUAGACAUAUUCCAUUUUGGACAGAUUAUUCAAAAACUGUCAUUGCAUUGUGUCUGCGAUACACUCUAUAAAUUCCUCAGAAUUCCUCAAAUGCCUCUGUUUAAUUUGAGGAUGCUGAUUCCUGAAUCUCUAAUUUAUUUUGAACUUUUCUAUUAUCUUGAACUGUUUAUUUUCAUAAUAUUUCUGUAUUAUCUAUUUAAACCCUAUAUGUCAUACUUCCACUUUCUCUCCCGAAUAAAUAUUAUCUUAAAUGAUACCUAUUUUCGAAAUGAUAUAUCUUUAUUAUUUAGCUCAUUGUGUUAAAAAAUUCUUUAAUUUUAGCAGA